AUGGCUUUGCAAGUUUAUAUUUCGCAUACCGGUGGAGUUCUGACUUUCACCGACCCCAAUGCCCGUGUUGAUGCCCUGCGAUCAUGGAUCGAAUCGACAACCGCCAUCCCAGUCACUCGCCAGAUUUUGAUGACUGCCCGAGGAAAGAUUGUCAAGAACCUCUCCAACGAAACUGAGGUCUAUGUCUACGACAAGCAGUUCCUGUCUCCUGAGUCCAAACCUCCCUCCCGAACUGACGUCGGACUACAACCUCUUCCCGAGCCCCCUUCUUCACUGACCGACGAGAAUAGCCUUCCGGCAUGGCAAGACCUAUUUAUGUCAAGGCGAGGCUGGGCUCUCGGGGCAUUCGAGAUAGCAAGGAUCGGCCUGGAUAACAUUGAAACAUGUGCGGACGAGGCUACUGUCAUCGCCAGAUCGAUGAAUGUCGCUUUGGACAACCUGCGGAACCAUGUCACAAUACUACAACAGAGAUUUGAAGAGACACGUCAGUGGGCGCAGGGUUAUAUCCAUGAACACCGUGAUGCACUCAAAGAUUGGCAGGGUACUGCCGAUACACUUGCAGAGUUACCUGUUCGUGACGAUGUUGCCAGAGUGCUCCGUCGUCCUGCCGAGUUUGAGGGUAGCCGUUCACCCGCUGCUGUCGGCACUCUGUUCGACUUGGUCGACAGGGUCGGCCUUCAAGCCGCAGCCGAAAGUGUGGAACAAAGUUCGGCCGAGUUCGAGCGCAAGCUGCGGGAGUUGCAGUCGAGUAUGGACAAGCUCAAGAAUGACACCGGCGAUGUCCAAACUCCUCCGAUCCCAUUACCCGACGUCGACACAAAUGCGCUUAUGGACGAGGUUGAGACUUUGGCUAAGCGCAUUAAUGCCGACUAUGAGGAUGUUCUCAAGAUGCCAGAUAAUGCCAAGUCCGUGGUGACGGCUUCCCGAAAGGCUGCUGUGCACACUCGCGAACUUUUGCCCGCUCUUCAGAGUGUCGUGGAGGAGGUUGUUCAGGCUUCUUUGGCCGCUUCUGACGUGAGAAACGCCGUCUCACAAGGCUGGUAUGCAGUGCUUCAAAACAUCUCUAGCCGCCAAUCUCGCUUGGCAGACCUGCAAUUAGGCAUCACAAACCUCGACUUUCAGGACAACGACAACUAUCAGUCUUUGAACCGAGUCUUUCAACUCCCCCUGGUUUACGGUGCUACUUUAGUGGAAGCCACCCGGAGGUCUGAAUGGACUGAGCGCAUGAGAACCGAAGUGGACGCCUUGCAUGAGGAUCUUUCUCAACAAACGGAAGAAGAGCAACGACGUCGGAGGAAAUGGACUGCUUCGCACAGCGAAUUUUUGAACGAAGAAUUCAAUGCCAAAGAUACUCUGAUAGAUCUCAAAGCAUCAGCACCACGGAAUUCCUGGCCGUUUGUGAGCAGGGAUGAGAUAUUUGCCUGGAUUGAUGAUUUAAGAGCAUUGGGAUUCGACAAUGCCGUCCAAGCCAUCACACAGCGGAUGAAAGAUCUCGAUGCUCCGGUUCGCAAACAAAAGCCGAAGCCGUUCAAGAAUGGAAGCAUCCAUGAUCUCCGUCAGAGCGUUGCUCUCCGUAACGGGGACGAGUUGAGGAAUUUGCGGGACGAGAAAUCCAGGCUAGAAGAAAAACUGCGCGCUUCGGACAGUCGGGUGCGAAAACUGGAAGACUUGCUUCAUCGCCAAAGCCAGCUGAGCCGUCCCCCUAGUGGGAUCUUCGUGCCAGGUAGUGCUACGGAUUUUGAGCGGCAGACACCGUCACCGAGUCCGUUCACCAGACAGAGUGACCUGUCACGUAGAUCGUCGGUGUCAGUCCGCCGGUUAUCGAACAAUCAGGAUGAAAAGCCGUUGGUGCAAAAGAUCGUGGCUCUCGAAGGCCAAAUCCAAAAAUUGCAAGAGGAGGCCCAUGCUGAACGACGUUCAAGUACAGAAAGCAGAGACAAAAUGCAGGAAGCCGAGUUGGUCAAGCGGGACCUAAUGGCCAACUUUGAGGCUCAGAAGCAAGAGUUCGAAGAAGAGCGGCAGCUCCUGGAUGACGAAGUGCACCGGCUCAAGGUCAAAUUGGAUGAGGCCGAGGAAGAACUAGACCGUCUCAAUGAGUCGAGAGAUCACCUCCGAAUCGAACAGGAUCAAGCAAUGCUGGAUCUCCGGCAUGAAUUGGAAAAUCUUAGAACAACAUCUGCGGAUGAUCUGGCGCAAUCAAAACGUAAACUGGAGACCGCCCGGACGGAGGCCGCUAACCAGCGAGAACGAGCGGCUAGUUUAGAUCGUCAACUUCAUCAACUCAAAGAGGAACGAGCGGCGGCACAAGGCCAAAAUAUGACUCUGGCAAAUCAACUGAGAUUGAUGGAAGAUCGACAACAAGAGUACGUUGCCAUCCUGCAAGGCGCCCACUCGAACCUUUCUCCUACUGGUUCACCUCCAGAAGACCUGCGUCGACUUGUCAAUGCGCUUGAAAUUCUCUCUGAAGGUGCUGCCAUCCACGCCCGUGGUCUGGACGACUCUCUCCAGCUCGCAACCGCAGAAAACAAAGCCCUUGAGGAGAAAGUCUCCCACGGCGAAGCGCAGAUCAAGCUGUUAAGGCAACAAAUUUCGACGGCCGAAGCGCGUGCCGGUGAACUACGAGAAGAUCUUGAGCAGGAACGAAGUAAGAUCUCAACCCUUCGCACCGAGCUGGCAGGCGAGCGCGCUGAAAUGCACAAUCUGCGCGAGAAAUUCGCUGCCGGUGAGACCGGAUCCGAUGCCUUGAGACAACAGUUGAAGUCCGAAGAGCAGAAGGUGGCCGAAUUGAUGGACCGGAAAGCUGAGGACGAAGGUAUUAUUCAACGUCUGAAACAUGAGAUUGAAGAUCUCACGCGUGAUACAGAAGGAGCGACGGAACGACAAGAGACUUUGAAGAAACAUCUCGACAAGCGCGGUGAAAAAGCGAGGCAAUUGUCCGAACGUCUCUUCCAUUACCAUGACCGCAUCAUCCGCAUGUUGGAACAAUUUGGAUACUCAGUCUCACGACAGGAUGACACGCUUGUGAUCCAGCGCGCGUCCAAAGUGAAUGCUGCCAGUGCAGUCCUCAGCGGCGGCGAAGGAUCGGGCCCGUCCGCAAUGAAACGGACUAUUUCCGGCUCCACUCCGGCGCCGCACUACUCGGAUCCCUCCGAUCUGGAAACCCUUUAUUGGACAUCCGACACCGACCUCAAUUCAGAGUCGGCGAAAUACACUGGUUUCCUUUCCGCCCUUCAACGAUUGGACAUCGACAGCACAAUUGACCUCAUCACCAAACGGUACAAAGAUGUUGAAACCCUGGCGAAGAAAUACCAAAAGGACUCCCGUGCGUACCGCGAACGCACGCACCGAAGCCAAGCGGAAGCCCACGACAAGAUUGCGUACCGGAGUUUCAAAGAGGGUGAUUUAGCCCUCUUCCUUCCGACGCGGAACCAAGCGACGCGGCCGUGGGCGGCAUUCAAUGUUGGGGCGCCUCAUUAUUUCCUCCGGGAGCAAGACGUCCACAAGCUUCAGACACGGGAUUGGCUGUUAGCUCGGAUCACGAAGAUUGAAGAGCGCGUGGUCGAUCUGUCGAGAAGUUUGUCAACGGGAAUGCGUGGCAAUGUCUCAACUACAGCCAGCGUCGACGAUGGCGGAUCUACACGGUCCGUUGACGAUGAGAAUCCCUUUGAACUCUCUGACGGUCUGAGAUGGUAUAUGAUCGAUGCUUCCGAAGAAAAGCUAGGGGCUCCGGGGACGCCAUCCGUGGGAAAAUCGACAGUCACAGCCUCCAAUGUCGAAGUCAAGGGCCACAUGGGCUUGGGCCGUAAGGAAAACAAGUCUGGCAUCGGUAUGGGAGGCGGCAUGGGAAGCGGAAGUGCCACCGCAAACAUGGUAACCAAGACUCUUACCAAAAGCCUGGAUAGUCGGCGGUCGAGCUCGGGCAGUAAAAAGAGCGUGGACCUCAAAGGCAAGCACGAUGCGCUGGGGAGGAGAGGGAGCCUUAGGGAUGUGCCCUCUAAAGCUCCCCUUGCGCCGAUCACCAGUGACGCAGAACAGGCGCAUGGCGCUGUCAACGACGACGCAAACAACGCCGAUGCAGAGGCAGAAAAUGAAAACGAGACAAAAGCACAAAACGCCGGGCCUCAAGCCGGUGUGGCGAGCGUGGUCCGCCAGCCCACGUCAGCCAGCGAGACGGACAGGGAGGACGCACAGGUGUUUGAAGUGGUGAGGCGCGAUCUCCUACUUGGUCCGUGA